AUGGCCGUCAGCGCCCAGCAGCCAUCCCCCACCGAGUCCGCCAACUGCGUCUCCCACGGCGACCACUGGGACUGCCCCACCGCCUCCGGCUCCGCCGCCAUGUCCUCGGCCACCGGCCACGCCGACGACCACGACGACCACGACGACCACGCGAGCGGCAGCCACAGCGCCGGCCCCAGCCCCACCGAGUCCGUCGGCUGCGUGUCCCACGGUAACCACUGGGACUGCGACGGUCCUCGCGAGUCGGCCUCGGGUGCGGUCGGCUCAGCCGCUAGCUCGGCUGCCGCCGUUGCUACCGGUGCUGCCGGAAUGAACGUCGUCAACUUCGGUGUCCUGGCUGUUGUUGGCGCGGCUGGUGUACUGGUUUUGUAG